AUGACCUCUACUCUAGGCGAGCUGCCCUCCGCAGCCGCCUCGUCCGCCUCCCCGCUCCCCAACCUCAAUGCCUCCUACGAUGCCGAUCUGGACGCCUUCCUCAACCUCGACCAGCUGGCCUACUCGUCAUCCGAUUCCAUGAAGUCCAAACCCUCCCUCGUCUCGCAACCAUCGAUGACCGGCUCCGACACCAGCUCCAGCGAUGCUAGCAGUGCCGCGUUCGCUGCCAGCACCCAGUCGCAACAGAUGCCCUUCCCGGGCCCCAGCCAUCAAUACGAAGAUCACCAGCAACAAACCGGUCUCCCACCAGGUGGCCUCGCGCAUGCCAUGGCAUUCAACCAGACGACAGGCAUGGGUUUUGGUGCUGGACACCAGGGCUACACCAUGAACGGAGAUGUGUUUGCCAGCCCCAGCAAUCUGAAGCAAGAGGACACGUCCGUCGACUUCGGAACGGCCCCCUCGCGCAACCCGUCAGAGAUGGAUGUCGAGGCGGACAACUUCAACGCGCUACCCUACUAUUUCCAAACCAGCAACGGUGGCAGUAACACCCAAUUCAUCGAUCCAAAUGCGCUGGGUGGCCAUGAAAUGUCUCCGGUUGGACAACCCACCACCCAGGUUGGCCGCAUGUAUCCAGGCAUGCACCAGCAGCAAGCCGCCAUGGCGAGGGCUGCUCAACAGCAAAGGCAACAAGAAAUGCUUCGUCAACAACAGCAACGUCAGCAGCAGCAGCAGCAGCAACAGCGACGUGUGGAGGAACAGGCCCGACAGGCAGGGCGUCAGAAUCGGAGUACGCGCCCGGUGGAUCCUGUCGUCGAGGAACGUAUCUCCCGUCUGUUGCAGCAGAUCAGACAGAACAGCGCCGUUCGCCGUGAAGAUCUGCCACCACCACAACCUCCCGUUCUCCCGCAGAUGACCAAGCAGAAGAAAGACGAGGACGAGAUGGACGAAGAUGAGCGACUGCUGGCCAGCGAAGAAGGCAAGAAACUCAGCAGCAAGGAACGACGCCAGUUGCGCAAUAAGGUCUCUGCUCGUGCGUUCCGCUCCCGGAGAAAGGAGUAUAUCAGUCAGCUGGAAAACGAGGUCGCGGCCAAAACCACCGAGACCAACGAAUUGCGCUUGCAGAACCGUGCCCUUCUUGAAGAGAAUGCACGCCUUACGGAUCUCACCCGCAUGCUUCUAUCGUCUCCUCACUUUUCGGAUUUCCUGAACGAUCUCACCGUGAACGGGUUGCCUCCGCAGCUCCAGGCAUCACCGCGGGUCUCUCAACCACAGCCCCCUCAACCACAACCGGUUGCAUCUCAGGCUCCCGUAGCCCCCAACCCUCACAAGGACGUCAACCCGCACCGCGCAGCCCAAGAUUUCCAGGUCCACCAGAACCUCCAGGUGGGCAUGGCCAUGGUUCCAGAGCCUAGCAUGGGCAUCCAUGGACCUGGCUGGAACUCGGGGAUCGAUAUGGACUUUACCAAUGCUCCUACCGUCUUCGCUGUCUUGGAGGUUCCCGAAGGUCCUGCCAUCGAUAUGGACUUGCUGUCGGGCAAGUCAUCCAACUUUGUUGACUUGGCCCCCGACAGCGCCAAGGAUGAAGUUCCUUGUCUCGAACGGCCCCCGGUCAUGGAGACGGCGCAAGCCGAAUCCAAGACCACCGGUGUUGCUGAUCCCAGUAUUGAGAUUGAUGAGUCGGAUCCUUCCUUUGCUUUAUUCCUUGACGAGGCGCCAGCGACCUCCCAGUCCUCCUCGGAAAUUCCUGACGAUCUCUUUGGUGGGAUCGAUCCAGAAAAGGUGUUUGCUCAUUACGAGCUUGUUGUCGAGGAUGAAUCUGCCGACGUCAGCGCUGCUACAAUGCAUCGUCUUGAGCGCCUGUGCGCCAGCAUGGAAGCCGCUUAUCAACGCGUGUCAAUGAUGACAUCUCACUUGUUAUGA